AUGGGUGGUAAUUUGAACGACCCUAAGAAUGGAUAUUGGUUGGGUGUUCCGGGAGCAUUUGUCCGUGCCAGCCCACAACGCGUGGUAACAUACGUGCGGUCCCCCAACCGUCUCAGACCUCUGGCCGGCUGCCUACACGCUGCCAUUUUCAACGUUGCUCGUCGCUGCAGGCAGCAAGCCCUCUAUGUUGUCCCGCCUUUUAUCGUUGCAUACGUUGCGCUGCUAUGGGCAGAUGAGAGGCAGUAUUCUUACGCUGGAGAUAUCGUCGACUUUUAG